CUACUUUCUUGCCCCGUACUCCUGCGGAGUUUGAGCCGGGUCCGGAGCACCCCGCCAAGACCUGCGAGCGGCAGGCCCGGUCGCGGAGGGGAGUGUCCUGGACGGGGCGACCAGCCGGCUCCGCUUUCCUCGCGGUGCCCAGCGCGGGUGGCGGCUCAGGGGCCUGUGUCCCCGGGACCUCGGCACAAACUUUCUGAACUGUCUUGAGGACACUUGUCCAGAGGGUCCCGCACUACGCGGGGAGGAGGAGCCGCGGCCCGCGACAGAUUUUGAAAGUCUUCUGGAGGUUUCCAGCAGAGCCAAAUGUUGGAGAAAUCUUUUCCACUCCUCUGAAGGGUGAAGUGAGCAAAUGCAACCCAGCAGUAGGCUAUUGAAGAGAGCAAUCACAGCACACCAAACUGGUUUUUGGACUCUUGCAUUAGCAACAAAAGACUAGAUAAUCAUUUAUUACCUGCAAAUGGUUUUGGAAGGUGACAAUGAAACCUGAAGAAGUUGUAUUUCUAAUAUGAUACUUGAAAGUUAGUGACUGCUUACCAAAUUUUAAUGAAAUAUGACUUAGAAGCAUUGAUUUGUGAAGGUUUAUGAUGUCAUCGGUUUCGACAGAAAGCAAACUCCAGCAGGCUGUGAGCCUGCAAGGAGUUGACCCAGAAACAUGCAUGAUUGUAUUUAAAAACCACUGGGCACAGGUUGUGAAAAUCUUGGAGAAGCAUGACCCCUUGAAGAACACCCAGGCAAAAUAUGGGUCUAUCCCUCCAGAUGAGGCCAGUGCUGUGCAGAAUUAUGUAGAACACAUGCUCUUUUUACUGAUUGAAGAGCAAGCCAAGGAUGCUGCCAUGGGGCCAAUUCUGGAAUUUGUGGUCUCUGAGAACAUCAUGGAGAAGCUCUUCCUUUGGAGUUUGAGAAGGGAAUUUACUGAUGAGACUAAAAUUGAGCAGCUAAAGAUGUAUGAGAUGUUGGUCACCCAGUCACACCAGCCUCUUUUGCACCACAAGCCCAUUCUGAAGCCUCUGAUGAUGUUGCUAAGCUCUUGUUCGGGAACGACUACCCCCGUUGUGGAGGGGAAGCUGGUUGUCCUACUCAAUCAGCUCUGUUCCAUCCUUGCCAAAGAUCCAUCCAUCCUGGAACUCUUCUUCCACACCAGUGAGGAUCAAGGGGCUGCCAACUUCCUCAUCUUCUCCCUUCUGAUUCCCUUCAUUCACCGAGAGGGGACAGUGGGCCAGCAAGCUCGGGAUGCUUUGCUGUUCAUCAUGUCCCUCUCAGCCGAGAACAGCAUGGUGGCCCGUCACAUCGUGGAGAACACCUACUUUUGUCCAGUACUUGCAACUGGGCUCAGUGGUCUCUACUCUUCCCUGCCUACAAAGCUAGAAGAGAAAGGCGAGGAAUGGCACUGCCUUCUGAAAGACGACUGGCUUCUACUCCCUUCUCUCGUCCAGUUCAUGAACUCCCUGGAGUUCUGCAAUGCAGUCAUCCAGGUGGCUCACCCCUUGAUUCGCCGUCAGCUUGUCAAUUACAUUUACAAUGGGUUUUUGGUACCAGUCUUGGCUCCUGCUCUCCAUAAGGUGACUGUGGAGGAGGUCAUGACCACAACUGCAUAUCUGGACCUUUUCCUGCGUAGCAUCUCCGAGCCAGCACUACUUGAGAUCUUCCUUCGUUUUAUCCUAUUGCACCAGCAUGAGAACGUCCACAUUCUAGACACUCUUACCAGCCGAAUCAACACCCCAUUUCGGCUCUGUGUGGUGUCCCUGGCGUUAUUCAGAACUCUCAUUGGUUUACAUUGUGAAGAUGUGAUGUUACAACUAGUUCUAAGGUAUCUCAUCCCCUGCAAUCACAUGAUGCUGAGUCAGAGGUGGGCUGUGAAGGAGAGAGACUGUUACUCUGUUUCUGCGGCCAAGCUGCUUGCCUUGACCCCCGUCUGCUGCUCCAGUGGAAUCACUCUGACACUUGGGAACCAAGAGAGGGAUUAUAUUCUCUGGUCAAAGUAUACGCAUGAUAGUCCAGGGUCCGUGGAGCAGCCGCUGCCAGAGGCGUUCUCCCCGUCGGCCUGCAUCGUGGAGUAUGGGAAGGCCCUGGACAUCAGCUACCUGCAGUACCUCUGGGAGGCCCACUCCAACAUCCUGCGCUGCAUGAGGGACUGCCGCGUCUGGUCCGCUCUGUAUGACGGGGACUCCCCCGACGCCGAGACGUUUCUCCAAGGUCUGACAGAGGAGGGCGGUGCCAGCUCAGCCUGCCCUGUGUUUGGGCUCCCGCAGCAACUCCCCAGGAAGACCGGACCUCAGCUGGCUCCCAGGAAGGACAAGACCCAGACGGAGCUGGAAUGGGAUGACAGCUAUGACACUGGGAUCUCCUCAGGGGCUGAUGUGGGCUCCUCUGAGCCUUAUGACCAUCUGGAGGCUUCAGGCCCCCCUGCGCCCAUCGAUCCCCCCAAACAUAUCCAGGAGAUGAAGAAGAAUGCCAUCUUGCUCUUCAAAGGGUCCUACAUCGAGGAGUCAGACUUUCAGGAUGACGUGAUAGUGUACAGGCUGUGUGCCGAGAAGGACUCUGAGGACACCAGGGAUGCCCAAGAGGAAACCGCAAAGCCACCAGCUGAAGCCCAGACCAGUGUUCAGAGUGUCCCUGUGAACAACGGCCCCCUCCUCAGUCCCCAGCCAGAGAUCAGUUCAGAGGAGGAACACAAUAGGGACAGUUCAGACCUAUCUCCAAAUGUGUCCAAGGAGCCAAAGCAAGAGAGUGAGCCUGAAGUAGCCCCAGAUUCAAACUUAGAGUUAGCGUCUCCUGUCUCUGAUGCAGAGCACAAUUCAAACCCGAUGGUUAUCAACCCAGAGAGUGAAGAUUUCAUUGCCCACUAUGACCAGAUCAUUAAGGAACUGGAUUCUGACACCCAGGGCUUGAUAGAGCAGACUUUCCCCACACCUGAUCCCUCGCUGCUCCCAAAGGAGGAAGGAAAGGAAGAAGAGAGCAAAGGAGAAAAGGAGGAGGAGGAGGGGAAGAAGGCACUAGAAGAGGAAGAGGAUGACUUCGACUCUUUCACAGUGGAAGCUCCUGCUGUAGAGACCGUGCCUUCCCCAUUUGGGGUGAGAGAUGAGACUGCCUUUGCCAGUCACCAUCCCGUGAGGACUCAAAGCACCCCGUUCACAGGCCCAUUCAUCAGCGUGGUCCUGUCAAAGCUAGAGAACAUGCUGGAGAACUCUUUACAUGUUAAUUUGCUGCUUAUUGGGAUCAUUACUCAGCUAGCCAGCUACCCUCAGCCACUGCUGCGCUCCUUUCUGCUCAACACCAAUAUGGUCUUCCAGCCGAGCGUACGCUCUCUCUACCAGGUCCUUGCAUCUGUGAAAAACAAGAUUGAACAGUUUGCUUCUGUGGAGAGAGACUUCCCGGGACUCCUCAUACAAGCCCAGCAAUACCUGCUCUUCCGAGUGGACAUGUCCGAUGUGACCCCUGCGGCACUAACCAAAGAUCCCAUUCAGGACGCUUCUAGGACAGGAAGUGGCAAGAACCUUCUGGAUGGUCCUCCAAGAGUACUUCAGCCCUUCCUGACAAACAGAGGCAGGGUGGCUGGGGCCCCCCCAAGCCUGCCCCUGCCAGUGAGGAACACCAUGCUGGCCGCUGCCCUCUUCCCUGAGUUCCUGAAGGAACUGGCUGCCUUGGCCCAGGAACACUCCAUUCUGUGCUAUAAGAUUCUGGGUGACUUCGAGGACUCCUAUUGUUAGAUCUUUUUUCUUUUUUUAAAAUAGAGGUUCUUGUUUUAUAAGGUUUUAGUGUCUUGACUGAAUGUUAAAUGCAAAGCUGCUUACAAA